AUGGAGGUCCUCUUUGGCCCGAGUGCGUUCUUUACGCACCAGCCUCAACCAGAGAUCUAUAGAAGAGCAAGAUACAAGACCACAGAUAUGGGUAAGACUCGCAAGGCCAUGAUGGCUUUCAUCGAUAGCAUUCCAGACUCCAAGCUAGAAGGCGGUUUCAAGAGCGAUACCAUCUACACUGACCUCAAGAACUUCCGACUCGACAACCAAGGUAUCACAACGGCCAGGGGUGACAAGCCGGCAUGUGUCAACCUCCAGAUGCAGGUAAACAAGCGACCCAAGAUCACAUCCCUUGCAGAUGCAGCGCCCUUCAGCGUUGCGCAUGUAGAGAUUCCAGUCGAGGAAUCCUGGUCCGCGGAGACGAUCAAGUUGGAGCUCAAGAAGAGCUGCAUUGCUCAUGGUGAUAAGACCGGCCACUUCUAG